UUGGCAAUAGUUUUCAACCCCUUGUGUGUAGAGGGAACAGCCCACGAUAAAGAGAUUAGAUGGGUCCAAGCGGAUGGAAGCCCAAGUUCAGRAAGGGUGACUAGCACUUCCAGUGCUGUGCUCGCUGACAUAGACCGAGUGAUAAGUGGGGAAAAAGCGGAUUUCGGCAUGCUUCAGUUUCGUGACCCUGAAAGCUUCAGGGCGGGGGAGAUUCAUAGGCAUAUCCCGAUGUGUGGAAAAAUCUUGGAGAACAACCUAGUAGGUGACCAGAUCCUACGAUGGCUCCAAAAUGGAGUGAACGUUAAAGAUUUUAUACAACCAUUUAAGGGAAUUUUUAAAGGCAUCAAGUGCGACUCGCCAUCGCCCCCUAGACAAAUGUUCAAAAAUCAUCGAUCUUGUGACCGAUUUCAAGAAUUUAUCUCGAUAACUCUCGCUGAUCGCAUCCGUUCAGGCGCUGUUCGGAAGGUCGAUCCCCCUUGGCUGGUCUUACCUUUAACGGUCGAACCUAAUAAGCCUUGUUUGUGCGUGGACGCAAGAUUCCUAAACUUGUGGAUGAGGGAUACGCCUUUCAAGCUCGACAUCCUGGUGUCAGUCCCCCAGUUUGCGUACCCUGGUUCAUACCUUUCGAAGAUAGAUGACAAAUCGGGGUAUGAUCAUGUUCUUCUGUCAGAGGACUCCCAACAGUACUUUGGGGUCGAGUGGAAGGGGUGGUGGCUUGUUGGAACCACACUCCCGUUCGGUUGGAAAAACUCUCCGUUCGUCUACCAGUCCAUUGGUCUAAGUUCAACCACAUUCCUCCGGGAAAGAGGCAUCACCUCUUGCCUAUACAUCGAUGACUGGUUGUUAGGCGAAAUCUAUAGUGAGGAGGGAAGAUGGUCUCGCAGAUUGGAGAUAAGAGAUGAUGACUUUAGCCGGGAAGCGGCGGUGGCGGCGUUGUACGUGACUUGCGCAGUGUUGUUAGGUUUAGGCUAUUUUCUUGGCCUUAAGAAGUGCAUACUUUUACCCACUGUCAAAAUUCAGUUUCUCGGAAUGAUCAUUGAUACACAGGCGCAAGCAUUCUCAGUCCCACGAGAUAAGCGUGUUAAGUUUGCAGAGUUACGAGAGGCCAUCUUAUCUUUUGAUGAGAGAGCAUUCGAGCGAGGCCACCAUUCCUUAGGCAAAGAUGCAGUAGAGUAUGCAAGAGAAUUGAAUUUGGAACUGAAGUUAUUAUUUCCUCGUUCUGUGUGCUCUACAGCAGAAGGUGAAGAGAUUCUACACAAGCAAAUCAAGAAAGCCCUUAAACCAACACGAUUCAACAUGCUAACGAAAGAAGUUGAGGACCAGAAGUGGGAAGGCAAGUUGUUCGUCAACAGAUGGAAGGAUGAGGAUCUUCAUAAAGCUUGUUUCAGCUGGAUGCGUGAAUGGAAUACAGCACACCUACGCACACAAUUGCUGGACUUUAAGAGCUGUAUCAACAACUAUAUUACCAAAAAAGCUGUACCUGGCAAAGAAAUUCAAAACACUGAACAUCCAUGA